CCGGGCCGCGCGGCCAUUGGCUGCGGGAGGCGGAUCUGCAGGUGUCCUCCGCUCUUAGAGGCGCGGGGCGGAGAGAAGGUGAUCAAUCUCCAUCCGUCUCACAAAUCACCUAAACACUCUGACAGACGCGCGGCGACGAGCCCCCGACAGCAAAUCAGUUUGAUUUAUUUGGCUGCAACCAAAAAAAAAAAAAAAAAACAACACCCGCAACCGCAGCGAGGACGCGGCGACGCCCGUGUGUUGCACCGCAGACCUGCCCCGCGUGAGAGCGAGUGUGCGUGAGUCCCGCGUGAUGCUGUGAACUCUGCGGUUUGUUUCCGAGCGACUGUUCCUGCUGCUGGAUUUUACUCUGCUGCUCCGGGAGCCGCGGCGCCAGAGGAAGAGGAGAAAACAACAAGUUCCUUGGAUCGGUCCCCUGACCCGUCAAGCUGCAGCAUCGGGGGAAACCGAACCAGUGGCCGGAGCUGGGUGGAGCAGUGACCGCCUGCAGCAUGAUGUCCUACCUCAAGCAGCCCCCGUACGGCGUCAACGGCCUCGGGCUCAGCGGCGCGGCCAUGGACCUGCUGCACCCGUCAGUGGGCUACCCAGCGACGCCCAGGAAGCAGCGGCGGGAGCGAACCACCUUCACCCGCUCGCAGCUCGACAUCCUGGAGUCUCUGUUCGGUAAGACCCGGUACCCGGACAUCUUCAUGCGGGAGGAGGUGGCGCUGAAGAUCAACCUGCCGGAGUCCCGCGUCCAGGUGUGGUUCAAGAACCGGAGGGCCAAGUGUCGCCAGCAGCAGCAGAGCGGCAGCAAUGCCAAAGCCCGGCCGCCCAAGAAGAAGUCCUCCCCGGCCCGGGAGAGCACCGGGUCCGAGAGCAGCGGGCAGUUCACGCCUCCGGCCGUCUCCAGCACCGGCUCGUCCUCCUCCUCGUCCUCCACCACCAACCACACGGGCCCGGUGGCGCUCAGCAGCACCUCUACCUCCAUCAGCACCGUCUCCUCCAUCUGGAGCCCCGCCAUCUCCCCCGGAAACGCUCCUGCUCCCGCCGUGGCCCCGCUCCCCGAGCCCGGACCCCCGUCCAACGCGUCCUGCAUGCAGCGCUCCAUGUCAGGCUCCGCCGCCGCCGCCACCUCCUACCCCAUGUCCUACAACCAGACGCCGGGCUACGGCCAGGGCUACCCCGCCCCGUCCGGCUCCUACUUCAGCGGCGUGGACUGCGGAUCCUACCUGGCCCCCAUGCACUCUCACCACCACCCCCACCAGCUCAGCCCCAUGACGGCCUCCUCCAUGUCGGGCCACCCUCACCACCACAUCAGCCAGUCGUCAGGCCACCACCACCACCACCACCACCACCAGGCCUACGGCGGCUCCGGCCUGGCCUUCAACUCGUCCGACUGCCUGGAUUACAAAGAGCAGACUGCAGCCUCCUCGUGGAAGCUCAACUUUAACGCCACAGACUGCUUGGACUACAAAGACCAGGCCUCCUGGAGGUUCCAAGUCUUGUGAUCUUGUGUUUUUUCCUCCCUCUCCUCCUCCACCUCCCCCCCCCCCACCCCCUGCUCGCCUGCUCCCUCUUUCACUCUCCAGAUUUAGCGAACUGCUCGUUUUUUAAAAGACAAAAAGAGUUUAUGAACCAUAAGACGACGAGACGGCAGCAGGAACGCUCAGCAAACCGGACUUUGUUUUAUUUCUCCUCCUCCCUCUCGUCCUCCACGUCUUUUUAAAAAUGAAAAAUAUAUUAAAAAAAAGAAAGAAGAGCAGCCCCCCCCUCCAGUCGUGUGAAGAGAAGAGUCCAGGAGCUGUUUCCUGACGUGAGGAGCGGAGGGGUUUUCACAAGCCCCCUCUUGGAUCAGCUUAAACUCUUUUUCUCCACAUUAAAAACAGAAGAAGUCAUUUGAACCAGCAGCUCUCUGGAUACUUUCCCCCCCGCUGCAGGACCUGAGUCCUGCUCCGCCCUCGUUCCCUCGUUCCCUCCGACCCAAUCGAACCCUGUACAGUUUUUAUUUCUGGAGAAAAUUUGUUAUUUUAGGAACGACAGAGAUUUUUAGUCAGCUGCGUUGAGGAGCUGAAAUCUGUAAAUAUGUAUUUGGGUCAGUUACAGUGACCAUGUUUAGUUGGUGUUUUUUCUGGAUUUUAAAUUGUUUAUUACCACUUUGGGAGAAAAAAAAGUCAAAAAAAAAAAGUGUAUGUAAAUCUUUCCAAAUAUUCCAAAGAGAACAAAUUGGCCAUAAAGUUCAGUUUUUAUAUUCAUCGUUUGACUCGGAGAGGAAAUGUUGGGGCUGUUUUGAAAUGUCUGAGGAGGAAGCAGAUCUGUUCUGGGCCGGAGUCCAGGUCCGGAUGUUCUGAUGGUUCUGAUGGUUCUGAUGGUUCUGAUGGUUCUGAUGGUUCUGAACCUCCUCCUGUCCAUCCUCUCUGGGGCUCUGUCGUGAUGUUCGAACCCGCAGCACUUGGCUUGAUCACUGGAGUCAAAGCAUUUUUCUUUUAAAACUAUUUUUUUUUUGUUGCAGAGGAAAUGUGGAUUUAUAAAAACUCCAACAUGGCAGUGAGAUGUUGAAUGUAUCUUUGAGGCGACCACCCUUACAUACAUGUUCAUCCAAUAAAGAUCCGUUAAGUCAUA